GUCACUGACACGGGUUUGAGAGAGGCGCGUAGCAAGUGUCAGAUCCGAGCUGGCAACGCUGAGUCACAGAACAAGGAAGACGCAUAUGAACAGGAGUGUCAAAACCAAGGAACACAGAGGCAAACCAGUGGAGGAAUGAUCGGGAACUCUACUUAAACCUGUUUCCUUCUUCUCUUCAAUGCAUCAGUAUCGUGGGGAUAUUUGGUAGCACUGCAAGGAGGGGCAGCAUGUGAGGUUUCAACAAGAUGAAUGGCAGCAGUUCCCAGACCUUUGCCCAGAGCAAUGCACUUCUGAGGGACAGAAGGCAUAAAACCUUCAAAAUCAUUGUAAUUGGUGACAGCAGUGUUGGAAAGACAUGUCUAACAUUCAGAUUCUGCGGAGGUCACUUUCCAGAAAGAACAGAGGCCACAAUUGGGGUAGACUUCAGAGAAAGGAAGUUGAAAAUUGAUCAAGAGGAUAUCAUGUUGCAGUUGUGGGACACAGCCGGCCAGGAGCGGUUCAGGCGGUCCAUGGUACAGCACUACUAUAGGAAUGUUAAUGCUGUCGUGUUUGUCUAUGAUGUCACCAGGAUGUCUACCUUUCAGUCCCUGCCAUCUUGGAUAGAAGAGUGUAACCAACACAACUUGAACUAUAAUAUUCCAAGGAUCCUUUUGGGAAACAAAUGUGACUGUAAAGGAGAAAUAGCUGUCCCAACCAAUGUGGCUCAACGAUUUGCCGACCAUCACGGCAUGCCACUCUUUGAAACUUCAGCCAAGGAUGACAGUGACUGUGACCAUGUGGAGGCCAUCUUCCUCACUCUGGCCCAUAAGCUCAAGGCUGCCAAAUCCAUGACGCUCAUCAGUCCGUCACAGUUUCCUCCAGACCACAUCCAUCGGGCUGUUGUUGAGUCAGUUGGGAGAGAACGAAAUGGAAUGGAAGUGAAUGAUUCUGAGUCUUGCUAUUGUUAAUGAAGUUGUAUUUAAUGUGUUACAAAAUAUUUAUAUAUUAUAUUAAUUCUGAGUUGAAGUAUAGGGUAUAAAAACGUUGUGUGAUAUGUACAGGGAGUCCUCAUUCAAUAAGAGUUAGUUCAUUGCAGUCUAUAUGAGUACCAGUAUAGAUAUUAGGAUGUGAAUGAAUAGAUUACAUUGAGAACUGAGGCUGUGAGAAUGGGAAACAUGGAAUCAGUAAGUCCAGUAGACUAGUAACUAUGAAAAUUACUAUAGAAAGUAGCAAGAGAUGCAGUAGACAGUGAAAGCGAUGAGGCAAACCUUUUGCCUGCCAAAGCAGGUUGGUUUCCAUGGAAGAGCUUAUGUUACGUGUAUUUGUGUUCAAAUAAAUUUCUUAACAACCAACCAGUAACCAUAAUCCACAGGAAGCAGUCAUAACACUAUGAGUAAUUUACUUUAACACUGCUUUCAGUCAUUUAUCCAUAGCACCUGUACUUACGUUAAUGUCAGCUCACAUUGUAUUAAAGAAAGAGGCAGAGGUAUGUUGCCUCUUAUGUAAGUGGCACCAGCAACUCUUACUUACAUGACUUUUGACACUGAAUGAACACUUGCACUUUGAGAAAUGUAAUUCUUGCCUCAAAGAAUGAUUCCCUUUAUUUUGCUAGUGACAGCAAUCAUCUAUAUUUUAAUAUUAUGAAUUACCUGAUAAACCAAUGGCUUUAUAUGAAUAGUCAGAUUACAUAUAUGUAAAAGAAAGGAAUGUAGCUUCAAGGUUGUUGUGUAGAUUUUCUAUAUUUAUAGCAUUUACUCUUAAAUGUAAUGCUGGACCAAGCUGUGAGGAAGAAACCUAUGCAGUAAGUGAGGUAGAGCCAGCAGGCAUGAACAUUUCUGAUGACCCCACAGGUGAUCAUAACUGGUGUCAUGGUGUUCGUUGGUCUCUUGCCAGCUGGGUCAUUACAUGGCUUGAGUAUUGUCCAAGAUUGCUUUCUACUAUUCAAGAUGCAGUAUUCUGACCCUUUAGGUUUCACUUUUCCUCUGGCAUGGCAUGUGAUUGCCACUUCUUGUGUUACCAGUGAUUAUAUUUUUUGUGCAGUUUCAAGGAGUUAUUGUUGCUGCUGACUAUUAUUAUGAUUUACUUGUAUGUGAAAGUUACUUGGCAUGGUGCAAACCUGUAAAUAUCAAAUAUUUAUUUCAAUAGCAAAUUUAGGUAAUGAUAUAUUCUGAAGUUUUGUAACAUUGCCGUGUAACUUGAGUUCAUUUCCAUAUUAAAAAUGUACAAAUACAGCACCUUAAGCUAUAACAGAAACCAAAUGUUUAUCCAGCAAGCUUGGGAUCAGAGAUGAGGUGGAUUCCUGAAUACAGAGUGCUUGGUAUUUCUCGACCAAAAUCUUCAUACAUAUAUGAGAGUAGAUGAGUUUCUCCAGCAGUGCUUGUGUAACAAUUAAAUUUCAAACUGAAUCAGCUGGAUAGUACAUACUGUACAUUUUCUGAAACAUGUUAAUAUAGUAGUAUGCUCUGCUUGACCAUCAUUUUAUGUUGACUACUGCCCUGCAUUCACUAUGUAUGAAGUUUUGGUCACACUGAUCACAGGUGUCACUGUACUGGAUCCUUCUGUGAUGGGUUGGUGUUAUUCAAAAUUGCCCCUGGCUCAAAAUUUCUCCCAGGUGACACCACAUAUCAAGGCGGGGGCAUCAACACAUCAUCCAGGUAUUUAAUAUAUUUUAUGUAUUAUCAACUA